GCUGUGAACUCGCUGACGUUUCUCGGUCUGCUUCGAGACAGACCGGAGAGAAUGGCUGCCAGUGGAGAGGUAGGGAAGCUGUUACAAGUACAAAAUGGUACACCUCCAACCACCAACUACAAUGGGGUAGACGCUGUACAUGCCUGUAACAUCCUUCAGCAGCUCAAAGCUUUGUAUGAUGAAGCACAGCUUACAGACAUCGUCGUAGAAGUGGACCACGGCAAGACGUUCUCAUGCCACCGAAAUGUUCUUGCAGCAAUCAGCCCGUAUUUUAGGUCCAUGUUCACCAGUGGCCUUACAGAGAGCAGUCAGCGUGAGGUCAGAAUUGUCGGGGUGGAAUCUGAAUCCAUGCACCUUGUCUUAGACUAUGCUUACACAUCCAGGGUCACGCUCUCUGAGUCCAAUGUCCAGGCCCUAUUCACUGCAGCCAGCAUUUUCCAGAUUCCUGCUCUACAGGAUCAGUGUGCCCAGUUCAUGAUCAGCCGCCUGGACCCUCAGAACUGCAUCGGUGUCUACAUGUUCGCCGAUGCAUAUGGUCACCAGGAGCUGAGGGAACGCUCACAGGAUUAUAUCCGUAAAAAGUUCUUGUGUGUAUCAUGGGAGCAAGAGUUCCUCCAGAUGACCAAGGAGCAGCUGGUCAGCAUUUUGAACAACGACGACCUCAACGUGGAGAAGGAAGAGCAUGUCUAUGAGAGCAUUGUCCGCUGGCUGGAGCAUGACCUGUCUGGACGUGAAGCCCACCUCGCCGAGGUUUUUUCCCAGUGCAUCCGUCUGCCUUUGCUGGAUGAGGCCUUUUUCAAUCGCAUACCUGCCUCCUUUGCUUGUGCCCUGUCCCUGUCGAAAGACCCCGCCGAGGCCAAAGCUCGCCUCACGGGCACAAACGGUUGCCCGCAGCGCCUGGGUAUGACUGCUUCUGAGAUGGUCAUCUGCUUUGACGCUGCUCAUAAACACUCAGGUAAGAAGCAGACGGUGCCUUGCCUCGACACAGCCACUGGAAGGGUGUUCAAGCUCUGCAAACCACCCAACGAUCUCCGGGAGGUGGGUAUCCUGGUGUCCUCAGAGAACGACAUCUACAUCGCGGGUGGGUACCGGCCGAGCAACAGCGAAGUGUCCAUAGACCAUCGAGCAGAGAGCGACUUCUGGCAGUAUGAACAUGCGGGCAACAGAUGGCUUCCACGCGCGCCUCUGCUGAGAGCGAGGAUAGGGUGCAGACUUGUGCACUGCUGCGGGAAACUUUAUUCACUUGGAGGGCGAGUUUAUGAAGGCGACGGACGAAACGCAUUAAAAUCAGUCGAGUGUUACGACGCCCGGGACAACUGUUGGACGGCGGUCAGUCCCAUGCCAGUGGCCAUGGAGUUUCACAGUGCAGUGGAGUACAGGGACCGCAUCUAUGUCCUCCAAGGUGAAUAUUUCUUCUGCUUCGAUCCCCGAAAGGAUUAUUGGAGUCACCUGGCCCCGAUGAGCGUCCCUCGGAGUCAGGGCCUGGCCGCCUUGUACAAGAACUGCAUCUACUACAUCGCCGGCAUCUGCAGGAAUCACCAGCGCACCUUCACGGUGGAGGUCUACGACAUCGAGAAGAACACGUGGAGCCGCAAGAGGGAUCUUCCGUUCGACCAAGCCACAAGCCCGUACAUCAAGGCCAUGCUGCUGCAGGGCAAGCUACACCUGUUUGUACGGGCCACGCAGGUCAUGGUGGAGGAGCAUGUGUUUCGCACCAGCCGCAAGAACUCCCUUUACCAGUACGACGACGAGGCAGACGUAUGGACCAAAGUCUACGAGACACCCGAUCGCCUCUGGGAUUUGGGUCGCCAUUUUGAAUGUGUGGUGGCCAAACUUUACCCACAGUGUCUACAGAAAGUGCUUUGAGGUAGCUGAUUUUUUUUUUUUUUUUGUUUUCUUUUCUUUUUGCAAACCCAGUCCACGAGGCGGAGAGGCGGAGAGGUGGAGGGAGUGACGCGGUCCCGCCUGCCUUGUGCCUGGUGUUACCUUGGGUUUGCGACCACACGGACCAUUUUUGGUUAAGUCUUAAGUCGUUCAAACUUCGGUUUAACAUGAUCAAAAUGGGGGUGCUUUUAAAGAUUGCAGUAUUUUUUUUUUUCCCAGACGGCACCAACUACACUGAGGUUUGUUAAAGAAAACCAUACAAUGAAUCAUAAGUGCAAUUAUCCUGUUUUUUUUUUGCUUGUUGUUGAGCCAUGUUCUAAUUCUGUUUUAGAUACAUAAAUAGGUGGAUUUUUACAAAUGUUAAGCAUGCGAACGAGGGCGUUUGCCAGGUUGCCCUCUGGUGAUAUGGAUGCUAUGUGUCAGCGUAAAGUAAAAAUCUAUAUAUCUAUAUAUAAAUAUAUAAAUAUAUAAACUAUAUAUUCAUACGGGUAAGAUGAGUACCAUGGCUCAUAGUAGGUUGCUGGCUCUGAGGUUUGUGAGUGUGAGUGUGUGUGCGCGUGUGUGUGUGUGUUUUUUUUUUCCUGUUCUGUGUUCAUGCCUCUCUUCAGCUUAUUUUACAGACACAUUUUAAUUUGAAGUGUGCUUGAGGAUUUACAUUACCUUAGUGUUUUAAAAGGUUGAAGCUCGUAUCUUUUUAUGGCCCUCUCUUCGUUCGCAAGCGUCAGUGUGUCAAAACAAUACACUAUGUGUGGCUUCCGAGCUAUUUUUAAGUUUGGUUUGAGAUUCCAGUUGAAUGGGGGCUCACACCUCCCACUCUUUGAGUCGGCAUCCAUUUUGUGUCGCAUGCGAAGAAAUCUUAAGUGAAAUCUUGGCAUAUUCGCUCUCCACAUUGGAGAAAUAAGGACGAAGUCAAAUUUGUGGCAACACUAAGUGGCAAGUUCAGAUCAACUAACAGGUUUACCUCAGACAAUUCAGAGAUAUUUGAUUAGGAGAAAAGGGACGUUUCAGGCCAUUGGGUUGACGAAGCGACCGUGUGAAAGGCUCAGUUCAGCAUUGAGCCCUGCGGUUGUUUUUUGACAUCAGAUCACGAUUAUUUGAAAAAGGUUGAAAGAGCCUUCCUCUUAAAUGCCAAAAGAAAAAAAGCAUUUGAGGUCUUGUUAUAGUUGUUGUGGACAUUGAAACUAAUUUUGUGGUAGCAAUAAAUCAUGGAACUGUGAUUAGGCUAUAUAUAUAUAUUGCGUUGUAUUACCUUUAGUAAAAGUGCAUUAAUAGUUUUGUGUGCUUGUGUCUGCUAGUGAAAAUCACAGUAGUACCAAUUAUGAUUGUUUGGCUGUUGCAUGGGUGCAGGCGUGAAGUGAUGCGUAAUUUAGUGCAGGUCAUUUGCGAUGCCAACGUGCCUGUGGCUAGAAAAAAGGGGCAUCAGAAUCAAAAACUGUUCCUCCUGAUGAAGAGUAUCUGAAAAAAGUCUUACUCAGAGUUGCACUGAAUCACUCUCCACUUCAGUGGUCCUUAACUGCAAACUUUACGAAGCACCCUCUCAAACAAGCGGACUAUUUAAACGAGCGAGGGUGGCCUGCGUCGUGUGCUAAUCCAUUAAGCAGCCACGAAUCCGUCUUUACACGCCAUCACACGGAGGACACAAACUGUCGGUGCUGCUCUCUAAUUUCUUUUUUUUUGUUGUUUUUUUUUUUUGACAAUCUUGUAUAGAAGACCACCACCACCGAGUGGCGUUCGCUGUCAAAGCGUGACAUUUUCAGUGCCGUCAGCGUCCUCUCUUGCAGGUUCUUGUGUCAUCUUUGCACUAUACAUCUCCUUUGUAUUUCAUCUUAAAGAGCGCCCCGCUAUUUACGUUAAAAAAAGGGUUGUAGUAACCAUAUAGCAAUCAUCUAAGAGAUUUACGUGGAAAUUAACACGAGAAGAGUCACGCUCAGUAAGGACUUGAGGAUAUACUUUACUUCUCCAAGAGAAGAUCCACUCUUGACUGACUUCAAGCUGAUUUUUAAUUGACCCGGCUUGAACAACGCUAUGUCUACAGACGGCCAUUUGAGAACCAGGAACGGAGAACUCUCAGGAUUUCUACUGAUACACAGUACUGUAUUUAAAAUGUUUAAAAUGUUUUUUGUUAUUUUUUUUUGUUAUGUGUAAUAUACUGUACUAUAGGUUUGCUGUACUUGCACAGUUUUCUAUACUUCAGUUUCUUUUAUAACUUGAAAAAAAAAUAGAUGUGAUUUCUUUUUUGUUGUCUCCAGUGGCUGUUUUCGUUUCUUUCUUUAUGUAAUUAUUUAGUUAAGGUAGAGUAAUCCUGCUCUGUUGAGGGAAAAAAAAUAUGAUUACCUGCACGAGUGAUACCUUUUGAUUUAAUUUUUUUCCCUGUAGUACAGUAGUAUUUCUUUGUAACAUCUCAAUGAAACUAAGCAUUACAGAUCAAGUAACUACCUUUGUUACGUCAUGUUUCAAACACCAGUCACAUAAUACCACAAGCUAAAGAAAAGAGAAGCUUAUUAUUAUUUUUUUUUUUCCGUGUUUGGUCAUAGCUCAUUCUGGUCAUCCACAUGCAUUGCUUAUGGGUGCUAUUUCCAUCAUUAUCUCUAUCCAUUUGUGUCCUCACUUUUACUUUGCUGGUUUGUCUGUUUUGGGUUUCGGGUUAUAGUGGUUGUUGAGCUCAACUGUGAAAUUCACAUUGCACAUAAUUUGAAAAUAAAACUAUUAAAAGUGGA